UCGGUGUUUUCCGGGAAAACCAGACAUCCUGCCCAUUUUGCUUUUCUUUCUUGUCAUGUUUCCUCUCUUUAUGGCGGUGUGACCUGUGAUGAGAUGAGCUUAGCGUGGCCCUUUCGGAAAACAGACUCCUGUCUCUCUCAUUGGCUUUUAAAAGGGUUGAUACAUACGAGUUUUGAGGAGCGCUAGUUGCUUCUUCACUGGGUCUUUGUGGCUUUCUGGUUUCUAGAUUUGGCCAUGAAGAUGUCGUUUGGCCCUCCUCUUUGCUUCUUGAUCGUGCUGCUCUUGCUGUCCUUGUCCUUGUUGAGCGUUUCUUGCAGAGGCCAAGAACAGGAGAACGGUUCUUCAGGGGCUCCAAUGGAGAGAAGAGAGCAAGAGGCACUGUACUCUGCAAUUCAGGGUUUCGUGGGCAGAUGGUGGAAUGGCUCUGAUUUGUAUCCAGACCCUUGUGGGUGGACACCGAUUCAGGGAGUGUCUUGUGAUCUCUACAAUGGCUCGUGGUACGUGAGCGCCUUGAACAUCGGACCGGUCUAUGAAAACUCUCUGAACUGCGCCCAAGAUGCAGGGUUCACGCAUCACUUGUUCGAGCUCAAGCACCUCACGACACUCUCCAUCUACAGCUGCUUCCUGUCCCCUCACCAAAGCCCUGUCAGGAUCUCCAGCUUCAGCUGGGGAGCUUUAUCAAACACCUUGGAGUCGGUAGAGUUCAGAUCAAACCCGGGACUCGUCGGAAUGAUUCCCACCAGCAUUGGCAGCCUCAAGCAUCUCCAAUCCCUAAUCCUUCUCGAGAAUGGGCUAACUGGGCCUUUGCCACUGGAAUUGGGCAAUCUGAUCAGCCUGAAAAGGCUCGUCCUUUCAUCGAACGGGUUCGUGGGUCAGAUCCCACCGGCUCUCGGGGGAUUGAGCAACCUCUUGAUCCUUGACUGCAGCAGGAACAACCUAUCCGGGCCAUUGCCGUUGACUUUUGGUGGGCUGACCACGCUCCUGAAGCUCGACCUGAGCAACAACAACCUGGACGGGUCUCUGCCCCGAGAACUCGGGAACAUGAGAAACCUCACGCUCUUGGACCUCGGGGGCAACAAAAUCUCAGGCGGGUUGAUCGAAGACAUCCAAGGAAUGGUCUCCUUAAAGGAGAUGGUGAUGUCCAACAACCCAACACUGCGCGGCGAGCUCGCGGGCAUCGAAUGGACGAACCUGGAGGAUCUUGAAGUGCUGGACCUAUCCAACACCGGGCUGAGAGGCCACAUUCCAGAGUCCAUGACCCAGCUCAAACGGCUGAGAUUCUUGGGACUCAGCGAUAAUUCCCUCUCGGGGACUCCUCCUCCCAAGCUCGCAUCACUGCCUUGCAUCAGCGCUCUUUACCUGAACGGGAACAAUCUGACCGGCCAGCUCGAUUUCCCAGGCACGUUCUUCAGCAAGAUGGGCAGGCGUUUCGGAGCGUGGAAUAAUCCCAGUCUCUGUCACCGGCUCCCAUUAACGCCAUCGUCGUCGUCGUCAUCAUCGGGUGCCGAUGCGCCUUUUGGGGUGAGGCCGUGCUCUCGGGAAGGAAACGCCAGCAGCAGCAGCAACCACGUGGGGUCGUCUCUAUCGAUAGCCAAGAUAAGCGAAGGACGCGAUGAUCUGCAUUGGGAUCUGCAGGUCGAGGUCUCCGUGGGAUGCCCGAGUCGGGGCGGUGAUGGGUCAUGGUGGGGCUCGAGAGGGAAGGUGACGAUGGCGUUGGUUGGUGUAGCCUUGAUCGUCGUGUUCGUGUAGGUUGAGAG